UAAUGUUAAUUUUCAUUAAAUAAAUAGAAAAAUUUUACGCAUCCCAAUGUGUUUAAUUGUGGAAGUUAUUCUGCCGACGAUACAAACAUUUCUACUUCUAUUCUCGUUACGAUUUGGUUGCCUUAUUAUUCUCGCUUGGACAUCUUUCAGAUCAUGGUUCGGCAUUGUCUUCUUCUCGUCAGCAAUACUCGAAGUGCUAGCGAGACGCAAGUCGCCGCUGCACAUGCUACUCUUGUGGCCAAAAAAGAAAUUCUUAUUUGAUGAUAACUUCUACCUCAUAUAUUACUUAUAUGUAUCCCUACUAGUUGUUGAGGCGAUACUGUUUGUGUUUUGCAUCGUUUUUUUCACUUGGGGAAUGUAUAAGGUAAGAUCGCGGCCUCUACGACAAUACCUGAUCUGUCGCUGCGUAACAUGGUUAGCAGAGGUGGUGCUGCUUCUAGCGUUGUGCCUUAAUCACAGGAAGCUCAUAGGCUGGUACUUGGUCAUGCUGAUGUUUGUCAUUCUGGAGUUCUAUUCGCUGAUAACUGUGUACAGUUAUUACGUGAACAUAACAACUGAGGAAAAUGAUCCGCGAAACUAUCCCGAGAAAUUGCAGAACAUUUACGACACAAAUUCAAAAGGUAGCGAAGGACAAUCGCAAACAACUUCACUCGUAACUCAUUACUAUCGCCGUUAAAAAAUGAAAAAAUGGCGUAUACAUUACCUCGAAUGGAAAAAUGCUGUUGCAUUAGCUUGAGGACUGGUUCUCUUUUAG